CCCGGACCGGUUGAAGUACAUUCACCACCAUCUCAUUCAACUUUCGACUCGGAGCUAAGAGAAUUUACAUAGGUUAUCCGAGGAGGCGCUUUAUUUUGUACCUACCACGUGGAUGCUAGGGACAAGAUGUUGAACAAGGAACAUUGGCGACGAUGCCUAUGGUGAGACACGAUCGGGACGCCCUAAAUAUGGGGAGCCCUCUAUUCUGCGUCCCCUCUGUUCCAAAAACCAUCUCAACUGCACUUUACGCCAUCCCCCGUUGAACAGAGGCAAGAUGCCACCACUGAGGCGAUCGAGGCGUCUAGCUUUGAGGGCCGAAGCAUUAAUAGUCAAACCACUCAAUUUUCCCUCGGAGUUGCAAGACAUGAUCCUUGACCAACUUUCAGAUGCUGUAUCUCUGCGUUCCUGCGCUCGCAUCAACAAACACUGGUCCACCGCCGCUCGACCUCACAUCUUUCGCGUCAUCAGGCUGGAUAGCUGGAGCAGGCUCGCUGAGCUCACCGAGAUCGUUAUGUCCGAUAGGAUCAUCGCGAAUUACAUACGCGAAGUUCGCCUCCGUGGGUCAAUUGAGGUCGAGGCUGAUGCACGCAAGAAGCAGGACGAUGAUUGGUGGAUAUACCAAUUCCCAUACAUGCUUGGUGGCCACCUCAAGUGUCUCAAGACCAUAGAGCUCUCCCAUUUUUAUCGCUCUACCAAUAUCUAUGACGAGGAGAGGCGGACGGAAGAACAGGAAAAAUUUGCAACUUGGGUUUACUCGUUAAGGACGCUCAAGAGGGUGGAAAACCUGAGUAUGAAGAAAUGUAUGAUGAGCAGUAAUGCGUUGACGGCUUUUAUGCGUUCAUUCCAACGACUCAUUAGAAUUGAACUCUGCGACGUCUUUGUCGAUAAUUCCGGCGAUCCGGAUGCCAUUUCGAUCCCCAGAGUGGACGGUACUGAAGCUCGAGAGGCAUAUGUCGAGGAUGCAGGAUUGUCCGGCUCUGCUGAACCAACUGUACUAUUCCCUCUCUCAUAUCCUGAACCACGACUGCGCGGGCUUGAUGUAGACCAAGACGAUGCUUCAACAUUCGCACCCUUCAAUUUCGACUACCAGAGUGGAUGGCUCCUUCCACGACAUAUUGUCUCUUCUUUGAAAGCCCUAGUCUUUGGCGGGAAGAUCGAAGUAGUUCCGUUUACUAGGUUUAUUUCCGAUUUAUGUCCGUGUCCGUCGGUGGAAUACGUUGGAUGUAGCAUAUAUGAGCUUGAUUUCUUAUCCGGAAUUGACCUAUCUGGAUUUCCGAAUCUCAACAGGCUAUGGUUCAACCUAGGAUUCUUUAAAAACACAACUGUUGCCAUUUGUUCCAUCCUUUCUCGACUCCGUGGUUCGCAUCUGAAAGACAUUAUCUGCGUUGUUGAGCUGGAGGAGCUGGAUGACCUUGCUAGCAAUGUGGUUACACCACUGGACAGCCUUCUUUGCAGCGACGAAUUCAAGGAAUUAGAAUCCAUGGAAGUGGUACAUCUCUGCUAUCAUGCACCUCGAAAAGUCCGGCAGGCAGGCUUGAAGGCCUUUCCGGGACUCUCCAAACGCGGGGUCCUAAAAUUCCGUCAUCAUCCAGUACCGUAGCGCUUUUAGGUGCUCAAGUACGGGGACGACGAGUAUGGCUUCACAUAGGCCCAUCUAACCUACCAGACUAUCAGCCGAAUACUCACGCAGGAUAUGGUAGGGUCAGAUGAAAGUAGACAUGCACUGUCAGCAUACAUAGAAUUUACAUUCCAUUAACAGCAUAUUCAUUUAUCCUAGGGGAUACCAUACACACUCCUGUCCGAACUGAAAAAUACAUGAAACAUGUCUGAU